AGUUGAGCUUUUAUUAAAUUACACAAACUAAAGCGAGCUAUGGUAAUUACCGUAAAGCGUCAAAAGAACGCAGUUGCUACUCGAAGCUCGACGUGAAACUUUUGCUUUUUAGCGAGAUAAAAACAAAACAAAACAACAAAACAACAGCUGUUGCUGAAGCUUCGUGACGUCACACGGCUAAGCUUCAGGCAGAGGCUGAGCAAACGGCAAACGGCAACGGCAACGGCAACGACAACGACAACGUCGACAGCGGCUGCGACAGCGACGUUAACGGCGAUAUCCAAUAGCGCCCCAAAAUAAGAAGUCGAAAUUCAUUCCUUUCGUUCAAAUUCGUUUGCUACGCUCACGAGAGCGGACGUGCAGCGCGGAAAAUCAGAUUCAAAAGCAAAAAUACAAAACAAAACCGAAAAAUAUAAAAUAAACGCAAAAACAUAAUAAAGACAAAACGUAAAGCAAGCAACAACAGAAAAUUUCGUAGUCUCGCCUUGUUGUUGCUAUUUGUUAUUGCCAUUGUUAUUGUUAUUGUCUUGCUUACCUGUGUUUCGUUUGCAUCAAAUAAUAACCGUUACGAAAAUAAAUUAAAUGUGAUCAGAUUUUUAACAGAAAAUAAUUUACCAAAAACAUAAAGAACAAGUGCAACAAAAUUCGUGUCGCAAAAUGGUGAAGAACAAUAACAAUCUGGAGGCGGAUACUUUACCGUUAACCAACGGACAUGCUCUGCAAAAUGGCAAUGGUGCGACAGUGGGUGUGGCUGAGCCGCCCAGCUGGAGCCAAAGAAUAUGGAAUACCUGGAAUGCGUACGCAGAUGUCAUGUGGUUCAUCAUCUGCAGCAUAGGAUACAUACUUCAGGACCUUUAUUACAUCGCCUUCGGCUAUCCCGAAAAGGAACUCAACACGGACGUUGCAUUAAUCACAGGUGGCGGCAAUGGACUCGGUCGUCAACUCGCCGAAAGACUGGGCAAAAUGGGCACCAAAAUUGUCAUUUGGGACAUUAAUCAAAAGGGCAUUGCGGAGACCGUUGAGAUCGUACAAGAGGCGGGCGGCUACUGCAAGGGCUAUGUGGUGGAUAUAUCAAAGAAAGAGGAGGUCUACAAAGCGGCCGAUGUCAUCAGAGAAGAAGUCGGCGAUAUUACCUUGCUGAUCAACAAUGCUGGAGUUGUGUCUGGGCUGCAUCUGUUGGAUACGCCGGACCAUUUGAUCGAGCGUUCGUUCAAUGUGAAUGUUAUGGCACACUUUUGGACCACAAAAGCGUUUCUGCCCAAAAUGAUCGAGAAGGAACGUGGACACAUCGUGACGAUCGCCUCGCUGGCUGGCCAUGUUGGCAUUAGCAAAUUGGUCGAUUACUGUGCCAGCAAAUUUGCAGCGGUUGGCUUCGAUGAGGCGCUGCGUCUGGAGCUGGAAGUCCUCGGACAUACGAACAUACAAACCACCUGCAUUUGCCCGUUCUUCAUACAGGCAACGGGCAUGUUUGACGAUGUGAAUGCCAGAUGGGUGCCCACAUUGAAUCCCAACGAUGUGGCCGAUCGCAUCAUCUUGGCCAUUAAGAAGAACGAGAAGCUUGCCGUCAUUCCCAGUUUCCUCAAGUUCUUGCUGUCCUUCAAGUGGACCUUCCCUUGGGGUUGUGUGGGCGGCUUGUUGCGUCGCCUGGUGCCCGAUGCCUCGCCGCAUGGCGUGCCCAGCUCCAGCAACACGAGCAACAGCAACUGCCAGAACAACAGCCAUGGCAAGCUGAAUGCCAACAUCAUAUCCUCAUCCACUGCCGCGGACAUGGCUGCCCUCGAUGCUCAGUUGAGCAGCGCCAGUGCCACGCUGCCAGCGAAAUCACCCUCGAUGCUCAUCCAGCGGACUCCUUCAUUAGGGGAGCGUGUGCUCUGAGCAGUGCCUCCGCCG